CUAAUAAUGCUAUUAUAAGAUACAGACCAACGCAGUCUUACUGGAUUUUUACUUUAGUUAAUACCAAAAAAUGAGCGCGAUUUGGUUUUUAUUUUAUAUUUAUCACUUGUUAAGUGCAAUUGUAGACGCAACGGAGCAUUGUCCCAACACCUGUAAAUGUAACCGUAUACAAAUUUGGUGCAGAGGAAAUGGGAAGACCAAUCUCCCAGAUAAUUUCGCUUGGGAUACAGAAGAGAUUAUUUUUCGUGAUUACUCGCUACCAAACAAGACUUUAACUGCUCAACACAUCAAGGAAUCCAACGAAACCAGAUGGUUGACUCUACGAAAAGUAGGAAUUGAAAGAAUAGAAUCGGGAAUUUUCUCCGUUCUGAAGAAUCUGGAAGUAUUGAGAAUAUCUGAAAAUGAUUUAAAGGAAUUAAAAGAGAAUAUUUUCGAAGGACUCGAUAAAUUGUGGGAUCUGAGUCUACGUAAUAAUCAACUGGAAUCGAUUGAUGGAGCAUUUUUAAAUUUGUCAACUUUGAAAGUUUUAGAUUUAUCUUGGAACAAGAUUUCUCAGAUCACUAAUACUACGUUCAUUGGAAUCGAUCAAGUAAGUUAUAUCAGUCUGGAUUAUAAUCAAAUUUCUAGGAUCGAUGCGGGUUCGUUCGAUCGUAUGACCUCUGUUACUCUAUUAGUCUUGAGCAGUAAUCCUUUGAGUAAUGUCACGUUCUUAAGUCUGCCACAAAACGUGGUCAAAUUAAAUUUAUCUCAGAUUGGAAUCGAUACGAUUCCUACUUUACCGAGGAAUACUUUUGCAUCUAUUUAUCAGUUGAUCCUCUCUUAUAAUAAUAUUACAGAAAUUACUCGGAAGGAUAUCGAGAAGUUAUCGGCUUACUAUUCCUCUAUACAAGUUUUGAAUUUUGGUCAUAAUCAGAUUCAACAAAUCGAAUCAAAUUUGUUCAAAAGAUUGUUUCCUUCAUUGCUCGAUUUAAUUCUCAGUUAUAAUCAAUUGAAAGAUAUUCCGUCGGGUCUGCCGUUUUUUCUGAGAUAUUUAUUCUUAUCUUAUAAUCAAAUUUCCGUUUUACAAGAUAAUACUCUAAAAGGAUCCAGCCUGAUCAUACUUUCUUUGAACAAUAACCAGAUAAAAGAUAUAUCUGUUUGUUCUUUUUGCGGAUUAUUCAGACUUCGUCAUCUAAAUUUACAAAAUAACAAAAUCGAAGUGUUAAAGAUGAACGUUUUCUUAAAUUUAACAUCUUUAUUUUCUUUGGAAUUAUCGAACAAUCGAAUCAAAAAACUAGAAAUUGGAUGUUUUAAUGGAUUAGAAAAAUUGAGCCGUUUGGAAAUUGCACAUAACCCGGAGGAAAUUCAAUACGAAGAGGAAGUUUUGUUGCCUUUAAGAGGCCUGAAAUCGAUUUUUAUAAGCCACAAUCCAACUUUUACCAAGAGUUUACUCAAUCCUGAAAUUUUAUUCAAGUAUUUGAACGGGAUUAUAUUCAUGGAUAUUUCUCAUAAUAAUCUAAUUAAACUGCCUAAAAAUAUGUCCUCGUAUUUAAGUCAUCUCAGACAUAUAAAUUUAAGUUCUAACAAAUGGCAUUGUAGUAAAUCUAUCUUAUGGUUAACUGUAUGGAUGAAUUCGCCAAAAGUCCUCUUUCAGAACCGAGAAAAAGUAGUGUGUUCUAGCCCGAAAGAGUUGAAAGGGAAAAGAAUAGAUUAUUUAAAAGAGGACGACUUUUACAACGAAACUCAUGCAAACAGAGUCGAUUUACAAUCCACUCAUAUAGAUUAUCAGUUCGAGUAUAAAUUACAUCCGUCAUAUCAAUACGAAUCAAACAGUUCUGUUGAGAUGAUUGCAGUUUAUUCUCUUUUGCCUGGAUUGCUGAUUGUAGUAGCGAUUCUAUUGGCUUCGGGGCCAAUCAAAAUUUUAAAAAACCGUUUUAAGUCCUUUAGGAAAAUCGAUUUGAAUGUGUUUUGCGAAUUUAAAGACGAUUCUGUGCAGACUGCUCUCAUUUCAGAUGAUGUAUCUAAUAAUACGUUAGACAGAAAUUUAUUGGAUGCCGAAGAGAAUUUCUCAUUUUAUUCAUCACAUCUGUAAUUUUGGCUUUAAUAAUUUAACAUGAAUUGGCAUUACUGAUUAACAAGAUAACGAUCGAACAGUUAAUCUAAAGCGUGACAGUGAAUAUAAUUUCCAAAAUACGUAUUAUACUUUAUAAUUUGGAUUGAAUUUAUGUCAAGAAUUCAAUAUUUAUAACAAGAAAUUUGUGUGCGCGUAUGUGCGUGUGUCUGCGUGUGUGUACAGUACAUACUCAUACAUAUAAAAGCAAAGAAUCAACAAACUGAUCCGUAAAUGCAAAUUGUUUAAUUAUUUUGGAGUGGUUACAAUACUUAUAUCAAUCACAGUCACAAUAUCGGGAGUACGGUACAUUAGAACCAUCAUGUAAUUUAGUUGUUGUUACAAAAGGCAAGAAACAUUUUCGGUACUUUUCUUUUUAUUAUUAUUAUAAAAUUUUGCUUAAGGCACAUUUUAAAAUUAAC